GUUUUAGAUCUAUUCUUUGUUGUGCACUGUAAGGAUUACAUUCCCUGCACUCAAAUUGAAAUAGAUCUAUAAUUAAGUAAAGGUUAGAGAGAGAGAGAAAAAAAAGGAGAAAUGAAUUAUUGUAGUACGGAAGGUGCAGUUGACAAAGAAUUGACCUAUCGUGGCGGGCGUCUGCUAGGUCAGCUGUUUGCAUAGCGUGGUUGUGUGGCCAUAAACGCUGUCGAAGUAAAACUCCCUCGCAUGUUGCGUCACGUUGCAUUUAACGCCCAGUUUUUUUUUAAGUCACAUUACGAAAUCCGUUACGAUUUUGAUCUUUGUUCGCCUAACUCUACGAAACGACCGUGCGCUAUAUUCGGUAUUAGGGUCUGAGGAAAAAUUCAACGCUACUGAGAAUCGUACCCGUUUUCGGCCCAGCUGUUUCUCGUCGCUUUUCUCGCACGAGGAGGAACGUCGCGAAUCGCGACCAACAGAUUCGAUCGCCCGUGACCUUAAACGAAAGCUGUAUGGCAACAGCAUUGCAAAAGUAAGAAAAUGUCCAGGAAGCGUCCCAGAGAAGAAACUAUGCUGACUGCUGUAUCCCAUCAGAACAAUGUUAAUGGAGAAAGUGCGUCCUGCUCGAGGGAAGAGUCUCCUGUUCAUGCUUCUAUUUGUAAAGAAGCACCUUUCAGCGAUGAGUUAGAGGCUAUUAUAGAAAGGAAUGCAUGUGAUUACAACACAAGAAUUACCUUAAAACAAGCAAGGAGUGGUAAAGUUCCUAGAAAAAUUAGAGUUUAUGCCGAUGGUAUUUAUGAUCUUUUCCAUCAAGGACAUGCACGGCAACUUUUACAAGCAAAGAAUAUUUUUCCAAAUGUUUAUCUUAUUGUUGGAGUGUGUAAUGAUGAAUUGACACAUAGCAAAAAAGGGAGAACUGUAAUGACAGAUAUGGAAAGAUAUGAUGCUGUUAGACAUUGUAGAUAUGUAGAUGAAGUUGUCCGAGAUGCACCCUGGGAACUCGAUGAUGAGUUUCUUAAAAAACACAAGAUUGAUUUUGUUGCUCAUGAUGAUAUACCAUACAUGACAGAUGAUGUAUCAGACGUUUAUGCUAAUCUAAAAACUAAAGACAUGUUUGUAGCUACACAGAGAACAGAAGGCGUUUCCACUUCGGAUAUAGUUGCAAGAAUAGUCAAAGAUUAUGAUAUAUAUGUUAGAAGAAAUCUUGCACGAGGUUAUAGUGCAAAGGAACUUAAUGUUUCUUAUCUCAAUGAGAAAAAGUUUCGCCUACAAAACAAAUUGAAUGAGAUGAAAGAUAAAGGAAAAAGAGUAAUGGAAAAUAUUGGUGAGAAACGAAUCGAUAUGAUAAGUAAAUGGGAAGAGAAAUCUCGGGAAUUUAUCGAUACGUUUCUUUUGCUAUUUGGAAGAGAAGGCAGAUUGUCAACAAUUUGGAACGAAAGUAAAGGCCGUUUGAUGCAAGCAUUGUCUCCACCAGCAAGCCCAAAAAGGGAUGGCAGUCCAAAUAGCAGUACCAGCAGUCAUAAUGAUGAAGAUCAGACAAGUCCACCACCAAACAAGACAGGACGCUAUGAGUUUUCACAUCAAAACAAUCAUUAUUUAAGCGAUGAUUAUAGCGAUGAUGAAGAGGAAAAUUUACACUCUAAAUGAUAAUUGAUUACAUUAAAGAAGCAUAUAUAUUCUUUUUGACCAAACUA